AUGACUGACGACGAGAUUCCUCCCAAUCGGCGCCGAGUCUCACUGCAGCAACAGCGACGGCUUUCGACCCAAUUCUCACCUGAUUCUUGGGGCGCACCAACGUCCGGUACAAUUUAUGCCGGUGUAUCGGCUCUCUUCGAGAAGGACGAAGUCAUAUUUGCCGUGGCGAUCCGCGAUUGCACAUAUCUCGUCGACUUUGCUCAGGAAGCGCUCCCAUUGAUUCAAGAUGGCCCAUUGGAUUCCUAUCUUGGGGACUACGUAAUGAAUCACUUGAAUAAGUGGCGCCGGGAACAUGUGGAGAAAGUUGUUGGGAUGGCAAUCCCGCAGCAGCUAGCUGAUGCCUCUCCCACGCUUUGCUCUCGCCUUUGGCUAGAUCUCGACAUUAUCCCACUGGUUUUAUCAGAAGAAAGUAAACUUGGUUUGGGUGGAGAGGAGCUGCGAUAUGAGUUCCAAAAAUCCAUGGACUGGGAAGUGAGGACGUUGGAUGAACAGGCGGAAUCCAUGGCUCGCAAAUGUGUUCGACUGUUUGGACCGGAAGGCAUACCAUUGUUGCAAGUGGGAAUGUCCGGCUUGGUACAGGUCGACACGGGGUUCCAUGUGCAAUUGACCAAUAAGGGGAACUACGAAAAGACAGUUACGCCUAACAUGUGGAAGGCUAUCGAGUACUAUGCCGACGACCUCAAGAAGAGGAAAAUCAAAUUCGCCUUCUUCAGCGCUACCCCACGGGGUGGGGGUGUUGCCCUCAUGAGGCACGCUAUGGUGAGGUUUUCUCACGCUCUAGGGACGGACAUGAAGUGGUAUGUACCUAAGCCACGGCCGGGUGUCUUUCGUGUCACCAAAACCAACCAUAAUAUCCUCCAGGGCGUCUCUCACCCAGAGGAGCGUUUGACAGAGGAGAAAUGGGAGUUAGUCACGAACUGGAUACAUGAAAACUCCAACAGAUAUUGGCUACGUUCUGGCGGCCCUCUCACACAUCCGAAGGAUGGAGGCGCGGAUGUGGUUGUUAUCGACGAUCCCCAAAUGCCUGCACUGAUCCCGCUGGCGAAACAGAUAGCUCCAGACAGGCCAGUGGUCUUCCGUAGCCAUAUACAAAUCCGCAGUGACUUGGUGGCUCAAGAAGGUAGCCCGCAAGCGGAAUGCUGGGGUAGGAUGUGGGAGAUGAUCAAGGAUGCAGAUCUUUUCAUAAGCCAUCCGGUAAGGUCGUUCGUGCCUCAUAAUGUUCCCAAAGAUAUGGUGGGUUAUAUGCCUGCUUCCACAGAUUGGCUGGACGGGCUCAACAAGAACAUGAAAGACUGGGAUAAUGCCUACUAUGGGCGUUUUUUUAAUUCUCUGGUCAGAAACACGGGAAUGCCAGUUAUUGAUUACCCGGCAGACGAGUAUAUUGUUCAGAUUGCACGUUUUGAUCCUUCCAAAGGCAUACCCGAUGUUGUGGAGGCAUACGAAAAGUUUCACAAACGCAUGCUGGCCUCCGUACCGGAUAGGUGCCCGCCCAAGCUUCUAAUCUGCGGACACGGAUCCGUUGACGACCCGGAUGGCUCCAUCAUCUACAACGCAGUAGUGACGCACAUCGAGAGCUUCAUUCCACACCUGGCGGACAAGAUCUGUAUCGUCCGACUUGGCCCGUCCGAUCAGGUGCUGAACGCGAUCCUGUCCAAGGCCAAGGUGGCCCUGCAGCUUUCGACCCGGGAAGGAUUCGAGGUCAAGGUCUCCGAAGCCAUUCAUAAGGGCAGGCCAGUUAUUGCGACGAGGGCGGGUGGCAUCCCGCUACAGGUCAUUGACAAAGGAAACGGAUUCCUGGUCGAUGUAGGGGAUACUGACGCGGUUGCCCAACACCUCUUCGAUCUCUGUACAGACGAUGAACUGUGGCAGCGGAUGCACGAAUUUGCCUUGGACCACGUGUGCGACGAGGUGAGCACGGUGGGUAACUCGCUCAACUGGCUGUACCUUGCCUCAACGUUGUCUAAGGGCGAAAAGAUCAAGCCGAACGAGCGCUGGAUCAAUGACAUGGCGCGUGAUGCUUCAGGAAUCCCCUAUGAGGAAGGCGAGGACCGUCUGAAGCGAGCGAUUGAGGUGCACAAAAUGGGUUAA